UCUCUCUCACACACACAAGUCUUUACAAACAGAACUGUAGUCCGCUUCACUGCGCCGUCACGGUUGGUUGCCACAACUGCUGUCUGUGUAUUGCACCUGUCAGCUGUCCAUUAGGAAGACGACCGCAACUCAGACAAGUCAGACUCGAGGUCGACCUCAGGCUAAGGUGAGUGCACGCUGGUGGUGGUGGUGACCCGCACACACCGCGCGCUGGCUUCCGUGACGACCCGUGACCAUGAGCGACUCCAGGCUGGACAACGGGUGGUUCCGAGAGGAGGACCAGUCCUGGCCAGGCUACAGCAUCUCCCUGAAGGUGGAAAAGAUCCUGUUCCAGGGCAAGUCCGAGUUCCAAGACAUCUUGGUGUUCCACAGCACUACAUUUGGUGUCGUGCUGGUGCUAAAUGGAAUUAUACAGUGCACAGAGAGGGACGAGUUUACCUACCAAGAAAUGAUUGCUCACCUGCCACUCAAUGUGCAUCCAAACCCACAAAAGGUUUUGGUGAUAGGUGGUGGUGAUGGUGGUGUGGUGCGAGAGGUCCUCAAGUAUGAAAGUGUUCAGAAUGUUGUCCUAUGUGAAAUUGACCAGAAAGUCAUUGAUGUCAGUCAAAAGUUUUUGCCCACGAUGGCAAGUUGUCUGGACAAUCCCCGGGUAACAAUCCAUGUUGGCGAUGGCAUUGCCUAUGUCAAGGACCAUCUGAGUGAAUUUGAUGUCAUCAUCACUGAUGCUCCAGAUCCUAUAGGUGUUGCAGAAGGCCUGUAUGAGAAGGCUUUCUAUCAAGAUAUGAAAAAUGCACUAAAACCAGAUGGUGUCAUGUGCUGUCAAGGGGAAACUCCAUGGUUCGACCUGCCAUUGAUCAAGCGCAUGCUUACAGACUGCCGCAGCAUCUUUCCAUGUGUUGCUUAUGCUGUUGGUAACACACCAACAUACACGGGGGGUCUGAUGGGGUACAUGCUGUGUAGUUCUGACUUGAAGGCCAAACUGAAGCAGCCGUUGAGAAAUUUUACUGAUGAGCAGUUGCGAAGAAUGAAUCUGCGAUACUAUAGCCCUGAAAUGCAUGUUGCCUCUUUCACUUUGCCCCUUCAUAUCAGGGAGACUGUGGGAGAUGUGCUAGACACCUAGCGGCAUGGUUUAACAACAUAUCUCAACAGAUACAGUGUUCCUUCCUACAUUCAGCCUUUUGGCCGCCCUCAGGAGUUUGUUUCCUCUGCCAUGCUCUAACCCUGUGCAGCUGCUUCAGGCAUAGAACUCCAUGUAAAGAAACGUUGAAUGCAUGUUUAUUUCUGUAAAGAAAUGUUGAAUAUAUGUUUAUUUCUGACUCAAAUAGUCUAUUUAUUGUUGAAUGUGGGCGAGAUUUGAUCGCAGCUAAUUCAGAAAAAAACAUACUGUUUUUCCUGUUGUGGAAAAUUGUUUAUAUCCCCAAGAUGAUCUGUAUGAUGCUUGAUUGGGGUUGAUUAGCAUGAUGAGUACUAUGAAUUCCAGUAUAAAAAUGCAUGAUGUUUGUGUUUGUUAAAAGAAGUGAAUUACUCUAAAAUUACACCAGUGUGACGCUGGUGAGUCAUAAGAUUUGUAUAUGUAUACAAAAUCAAAGAUUUAUAUGUCAUUGUGCUAAAUUGUCUCAGUUUGCCUAUUGCCUAUGAAUCUUUUUCUACUUUUGGUUGAUAAGUAGUUUUUUCUACCAUAUUUUGGGGUGCUUUAGAUUUAUGAUGGUCAAAACCCAGCAUUUUCUUUUUGUUUGGCUAAUGAAGCACUGAAUAAUAGCCAUUAGGAUGCAGCAAAAAAGAAAUAGUUUCAAUCUCAAGAAGCUCAUUUCCUUGCUCGGGGAUUGCAAGGUGUUCAUCACUGAAAUCAAAGAGUCUUUGUGGCAGGGAACAAUAUCAGGACAUAAGAUGUGGUAUCAUAUUCAGGGAAUCGAUGAAUUAUUGAAUGAUUUGAUAGAUCAAGUUGUAACAACAACAUAUGUGUGCCUACAUUUGAUGGUAAAUAUCAUGAGUGGGCAGCUCAGUUCAUCAGUCAUUAUUUAAAUUUUUUUUUACAUAAUACAAAAUUAUGACACUUGAUUUAUAUGCAGCAUCAGCUAGAUCAGCAAUUUAAGGUACUGAUUUCAGUUGUCAAAGCUGUCAAAGUCGCCAUGUGAACCAUAAUGGAUGGUUGCUGUUAUAGCAGUCAGUAUUAAUGACAUCUCAUGGUGCAAUCUAAUGUAGAAGCAACACUUAAUGUAUUCUGCAAUGUAAAAGAGCCAAUGAUUAGUAAAAUAAGAUGAUUGAUGGCAAUUUUUUAUUGUGUCCAUCUGCUUCAGGUGUUUGUACAUGCUGAAAACUGCAUAAUGUCUUCUUUUAUGAUUGUUGGUUUAUUUGCAUGUGGAACAAAAAUUAUCUUUAAAGCUCUGUUGGCGUUUCUGUGCCAGAAUUGUGACUAGUGAGUUAUUCAUAUCAUUAAGUAUUUGUAUUGUUUUUGCAUACAGUGUGUUUGAUCUAUAUAGUUAUGUGACUUAAAAAAAUUCCCUAAACUGCCUUUAAACUGGUUUGACUACUUAAAUAUAAAUAAGGUGUCUAUGAAUCUUAAAUAGUAUGAUGUUUACCUUGCGAGCUAGAAAUCUGCAGUGGAUGCCUACUGUCAUGGGUCUUUUCAUAUUUUACUUUAAAUUAUAGAGCAUAAAAAUCACAUGAUAAAUUUGUUGGUUUUUUUUCAAAAUAAAAAAAAAUGGAGCACUUGGAAUACUAUAUAUGCUACCCACAAAAACAUAAUCAUUAAGGAACUUUUAACCCUAGGUUGUUGGAAUUUUAAAUGACAGCUCUUUCUUUGCAGCAUUGCACUUGGUAUGCCUGAAUCUUAGAAAAACUGACGUGUAACUAAUUUUGUCUUGCAUAAAGAACUUGCCAGAAGUGAUUCAAGUGAUAGUUCAUGUGCUGUGUUGUGAUAUCCAUUGGAUGUCUUGUCAGUAGCUUGUAUUGCUGUUAUUUAAGAAGAGUCACAAUAACAGCUUUCAUCACCAUGGCGGGAAAAUAUAAACUCAUUUUUCUUAAUUAUAGCCAUCUAUAAAUUCAUUAUAUUUUGCAUCAGUUGAUAAAAAAAAACAAUAUUCAGUUGAUGAAAAAAACAAAAUUAACCUUUUACUAGCAUACAGUUUUAACUAAUUAAAGGAUCAAAAAAUAGAUUAUAAUUUCUUUCAUUAUACUGUAAAGUACAUGUGCUGAAUAAUCUGUUUACGAAGUCACGAAAAAUCAUAAUCUAUGUUGGCUGACUAAACAUUAGGGCAAAAGGCAGCUGCUUAAAGGAUUCACAAUUUUGUUUGAGUCAUCACUGACUGAACAAAGUUUUGGGUUUAUUUCCUGCUGCACAUAAGGGGUAUAUUUGCUGUUUUCUGUGGCAUACAAUAGGUAUGACUAAUAUUUUCCAUACAUUUUCAGUCUUCUGUACCAUGUUAACUGAGCCAUACAAGAGGUAUAUUUACAGUUUUAAACUGCACAUCUUUGAAUAAUGACACAUUUUGAUAUUAUUCGUUAUUGGAGAGCUUUAAAUGGAGAAGUAAUUUUAUUACUUAUUAUGGAUCUCUAAUUCUUUUGUAAUUUUGAUAAUUUUGUCAAAUUAUUUGUACUUUUGCUUCCAUUUGAAUCUCCAAAAUGCAUUUUAUAUCAUUUCUGAAAAUCUGUGACAAUCAGGUCAUUUUCAGUAUAUGUAUUUAAUUUACCAUUUAUUGUUUGUAUUUUAUUUCUAUGCGCAUUUAUGCUUCAUAUGGUUAUAUUGUACCUCAUUAUUGUGUUUUUUAGUUUAUGUGAGAUUAUUUCUGAGUGAACAAAUCUUUUUGUAUGAUUUACAUCAUAUACAUGUAAGGUGCAAACACCAUAGUCUUAGUCGUUAUCAGGUACUACCACUAUGCUUGUAGUUGUGAGUAGAUGCUUUAUGCAGUAGUCAGAUAUCUAGGUUAGUCAAGAUAAAGCUCACGCUCAACCAUUUUUUUCCACCUCAGAAAUUGUUAUAUCAUUGUUCAUUAACAUGAUUAUUUCGUUAUUUUUAGGUUUAAUGUUUUGAUGUUAUGAUUAGAGCAGUUACUUUACUGGUUAUUAAAAAGAAACUGAUUUGUACUAGGAAAAAAACAUAGCAGGGAACUCUAAUUGCUUUUUUAUUGUUUUUGUUUACACAGACAUAUUCAUUGAAGAGUUUGAUGAGUAACGAUUUAUCAGGGGGAAAUAGGGAGAAGAUAUUUUUUGGGUUUGUGAUGUGUUGUAUUGUAAACCAGAAGUAACAUGGUGCAACCAACCUUGAGAAGGAAGUACACUUACUCCUUCUGUUAAAACUGUGUUGUGACAUUAGUGAUUGUCAACUGCUCAAUAAAAUUCAAUAGGAAUGAC